CUCCCAAAAUGGUGAAAGCUGCGGUAUGAUAGCCUCUGAAUGACAGGCUCGAAUCAUCGGAAGUAGAGAGUGGAUUCAGUAGGAAAGUAUAACACAACCUCAUCAAACAAUGUAGCUUUUGUAUCCCCAUCGUUAAACAUGAUUGUUUGGAAAUAACGGCGGGGUUUCGUUCGUGUAUCCACAUGUGCCUCGCUCGCCGAUUAUCUUGGAGUCGGACAUCAUUUGGCCGGUCAGCCAAGACCUCAGGCCGUGUAGCAUCUUUCGCCGUGGUCGUUGACAUCAUCGGAGGCUGACAAAAUGAUGUGCGACGUGAUGCCCACGAUAUCCGAGGAUGGAUCCAACGAUAGGGAGCAACAUGGCCCAGGGGACGACGCGAAUUUCGAGCAGUUGAUGGUUAACAUGCUGGAUGAGAGGGAUAAGUUGAUGGAAAGCCUCCGUGAGGCUCAAGACGCUCUCACAAUGACGCAAGUCAAGCUCCAAGAUACAGAGAGGGAUCGGGACGCACUUCAGAAACAAGUCUCUGCCACAACACCACAGGAACUAGCCACACUGACAAAAGAGCUGAACUUAGUUCGAGAGACACUGUUGGAAAGAGAAGAAGAAAUUACAGAGCUGAAAGCCGAGAGAAAUAAUACUAGGUUACUCCUGGAGCACCUAGAGUGCCUUGUAUCUCGACACGAGCGCUCUCUCAGAAUGACGGUUGUAAAGCGCCAGGCGUCAUCCCCUGCCGGUGUAUCUAGUGAGGUAGAAGUUCUAAAAGCGCUCAAGUCCCUGUUUGAACAUCAUAAAGCUUUAGAUGAAAAGGUGCGGGAACGGUUACGGGUUGCGUUAGAACGGGUAGCACAACUAGAAGAAGAACUGGCCAUUGCUAAUCAAGAGUUAUUCACCUUACGUGAACAGCAGACAAAGUCUCGGCAUUCAAGCGGCAGCACAGAAGAUGGGAGGCUAGCCAAAACAGGUUCCGUUGAGUCGGCCCAACAAGAUGGCGACAAUAAAGAUGCUCAUCCAAAGAGGUUGUCAAAUGGGUCCAUUGACCCUGAUUCAGAUGUUAAUAGGGUAAUAGAACUACAGGAGACUAUAGAAAAACAAAACAGUGAGUUGACGACAGCACGGUCGCGGCUUUUAGAGAUGACAAAUAAAUGUAAAGAAUUAGAAGACUCGCUGACUUCCACGCAAAAGGACUUGAUAAAGUCUCAAGAACAGUUAGUGAAACUUCAGCGUGAUUUGAGAGAGUCAAUAGCUCAAAGAGAGGACCAAGAAGAGAGGAUAGCAACACUAGAAAAACGCUACUUAAAUGCUCAGAGAGAGUCCACAUCAUUGCAUGAUUUAAAUGACAAAUUAGAAUCUGAAUUAGCUAUGAAGGAAGGACAUCUCAAGAGUACUGAAGAUAAAAUGAGAAAUGUCCAAGAACGAUUGGAAUUGGCUGAACAGAAACUUCAACAGUCGUUGAAGAAAGCAGAGGCUCUUCCUACAGUAGAAGCUGAAUUAGCUCAGAGGCUUGAGGCCCUUACACAGGCAGAAGAAAGGCAUGGAUCUGCUGAGGAGAGGCUUCAGCAGAUGGAACAAAGGUUGUCAGAACAAGAGUCGGAAUUGAAAAGGGCAAGGUUACGAGAAAAAAUGAAUGAAGAACAUAAUACAAGGUUGUCUGCUACAGUGGAUAGAUUAUUAACAGAGUCCAAUGAGAGGCUACAGUUACAUCUGAAGGAGCGCAUGCAGGCAUUAGAAGAGAAAAACCAGCUUACUCAGGAAUUAGAUAGGAUACGAAAAAUUUUAGAUGAAACACAAACAGAAAAGGAAAGACUAUAUAAUGAUCUACAGAAAUGUAAACGGGAAAUAGAAUCACUACGGCAACAAAUAGAACAAUAUAGGUCUAGUAUUAGCUCUGGUCACUACUCGCUGUCUCCCAGUCUAGUUGUACAUAACCCUCCAGACGCUGCAACGGACAGCGUCAGUCGGCGGCAGCAGAGGGGACGGGAGCAGGCACUCCUAGAAGAUCCCACCAAGGUGAAUACAUUGAAUGAGCAAGAAUGGGAAAAGUUGCAGCAGGCGCACGUGCUGGCAAACGUUCAACAUGCGUUCGAUGCCAGUGACACAGAAGGAACGGACGACAAUGAGUCCAUAUUUGGUGCUGUUGACCUCUUGUCUCCUACAGGUCACACAGAUGCUCAGACUUUAGCAUUGAUGUUACAAGAACAGCUUGAUGCUAUCAACAAUGAGAUUAGAUUAAUUCAAGAAGAAAAAGAGAGUACAGAACAACGGGCAGAAGCAAUAGAAAGCAGGGUAGGGAGUGGAAGUCUUGAUGCUAUUGCCACCAGAUGGCGCUCUGGUUAUGAGCGGUCGUCCCCUCCGUUGAGCGGACGAUCGACUCCGACCCCUAGGUCGUAUCAGUCGAGAGACUAUCUACAAAAGUACCACACAGCCCCUGCUAGUAUGUCUGCCUCGCAUCUCCAUACUUACUCAUCCUCUAGUCCUCAGUUAGCUUCAAUGGCCGACGCUGGCUCACAACAGCCAGCUGUUCAGUAUAGUCAAGAUGAUAGCUCUAUCAAAGAGGAGAGUCGGCCAAUCAAGUGUGAAUCUAGUCCACCAACCCCUCGGUCAUUACGGCUUGAGCGUGUCGCAGCCGCACUGGCGCAGAGCAGCGAGGACACUCCGAGCCCACCUAUUGCAAAGGAUAUAAUCGCUAGAAUAUCACUGGAAAGCUCACACAGCACACCUAGCCCUCUUAGCAGCACAAACAGCAGUCAGGAUUCCCUUCAUAAGCAGCCAAAGAAGCGAGGUAUUAAGAGCUCGCUAGGGCGAUUCUUCUCAAAGAAGGAGAAGGGAAAGACCAAGGAGGGAUUGGUCCGAGAACUCAUGCCAUCCUCCGGAGGAGGUUACAUGGACACAGCCGAAGCAGGAGGUUCAGACAGUCUCACUAUUGGCCUAGGGCAAUCAGAAUUUGACAGACGGAAAAAGAAAAAGGAGGAGUUAUUAGAAGAAGCCAUGAAAGCCGGCACACCAUUUGCUCUCUGGAAUGGACCCACAGUGGUAGCGUGGCUGGAGUUGUGGGUGGGCAUGCCAGCUUGGUACGUCGCUGCCUGUAGAGCUAAUGUCAAGAGUGGAGCCAUCAUGUCAGCACUGUCAGACCAGGAGAUCCAGAGAGAGAUCGGAAUCAGCAACCCACUCCAUCGACUCAAGCUCAGACUAGCCAUUCAGGAAAUGGUCAGUUUGACCAGUCCCUCAGCACCCAAAACUAACCGUAACUUUUUAGCAUUUGGAGAUAUGAAUCAUGAGUGGAUUGGCAAUGAAUGGCUGCCCAGCCUGGGUCUACCUCAAUAUCGUACCACCUUCAUGGAGUGCCUGGUAGAUGCCCGCAUGCUCGACCAUCUCACCAAGAAAGACCUCAGGGGGCAGCUGAAAAUGGUGGACAGCUUCCACAGAACAAGUUUACAGUAUGGCAUCAACUGCUUGAAGCGAUUAAACUAUGAUAGAAAAGAAUUGGAUAGAAGGAGAGAAGACAGUUCAUCUGAGAUGAAAGAUGUGCUGGUGUGGACAAAUGAGCGUGUGAUCAAGUGGAUACAAGGGAUAGGCCUGAAGGAAUAUGCAAACAACCUGCUGGAAUCAGGAGUGCACGGGGCUCUGGUAGCCAUGGAUGAGAGCUUUGAUCACAACAGUAUGGCACUCGCUUUGCAAAUCCCAACUUCAUCAGCACAGGCACGGCAGCUGUUAGAGCGAGAGUUUAACAACCUCCUGGCCAUGGGAACAGAUCGCCGUCUGGAUGAGACACGUGAGGCUUCCAAGGGGGUUGUCAGCCGCAAUAUGAAACCUGAUCAUCAAUGGGUGAAGGGGGUAAAUUUAAACGAGCACCAUCGUGGAGGAAGAAGUUCCGUAACAAGGACGGCAAAGGUCGCGAAAGCGGGGACGAAGGAGAUUCGAGCCAGGAAAAUUUCUCACAGCAGUCCCCUCAGCGCACCCAGCGAGAAAGUCCCAUGGCUCGUAGAACAACAGAACACAUGCGCAACUUUUGAAAAGCUGGCAUGGACGUGAACUUUUUAAUAAAAAGUCUCAUAGGGAGACUUGUGUACUUAAUAUGUAUGAAAUACCCUUUGACAUCAACUACUGCACUUGUAACAUUAGACUCCAUUUGUAUAUGCAUUAUCAAGUUUUACAAGGCCACAAGGUUGACUGUAUUUGUAAAUGUAUUAGUAGUGGUAUUCCAAUCCUGAUGGCAUACAUUGUAUGUAGAUGUUAGAUAUCGUGGAUAAGCCAGGCUGGAUUUCAAACCUUCUGGUCUAUUUAAUUUAUACAGUAGCCAAGGCUGUGUAUAGCUAGCUUGUUGUAGGCACCACCAUUUGCUCUUAAUGUAUUUAUUCGAAACCCACCAUCUUGUGAUACGUUGUGUAGCAUUGCACAGUCUUAUGCAAUGUUUCAACUAGAAUCUUGGAAACAGAGAUCUUGUUUCAAAUCCGUGUAAUUAUUAUUACAAAAGAUUUUUACAAAAAGUCAGGUGGUCAAUUGCUGUGAAGAUACUCUUAUCCACAUCAAGUAAUGUUGCCAAAUAUUUGCAUUUAUCUCAUUUCAUCUUUCCAACUUGUUCAUUUUCAUGAAAUUUGUCCUUCAAAGACUUUCUUUUUGUCCAGAUCUCAAGCAGCAAUAUGCAGGCCUACAGGUCUUGUGACUUGGGACUCUCCUUUCCUCUCCUCAUGGUACCUCAUAAUGUGGUAGUGAUGACACAGCAUAAAUACUGAAUGGUUAAUAAUGGUACAAACAAACAGUUGGAUGGACAGUCAGCCAGCCAGAGUGUAACCCAUCUGACAAGUAGUCAGUGUCAAACAAAAGCAUACACUCUUCCAUUAAGACUUCUAGGUUUUGCCAAAUUACAUUUAUCAACAUUUCCAUUCAGCAUAUCAGUGAAUAAAAAUCUGUAAGCCAA